AGUUGCCGCUGCCAGCGUUACCGCUCCUGCUUUUAUUUUGCCUUUACAGUACCUCUCCCUCUCUCUCCCCGACAUUUUCUCUGCUUCAGUUUCUCUUCCUCACAAUCAAAACCAAAACAGUUCAGUUCUGUUUUUUUCAUCACCGAAAAUAAAUAAGAGUUCUUGACGUAUUCUACUGAUUUUCCCAUUAAUACCCCCAACCAAUAGCUCUAGUUUCACCGGACCAAGGAAAAAAAGAAAAGAAAAGAAAAGGUUUUUCUUCUUCUUAUUUCUUUUUGGGGGUUAAGAAGCAAAAUGGCGACGAACAUCGGAAUCAUGGACAGUGCUUACUUUGUCGGAAGAAACGAGAUUCUGACUUGGAUCAACGACCGCCUUCAUCUCAGUCUCUCUCGCGUGGAAGAGGCUGCAUCUGGUGCUGUUCAAUGUCAGAUGCUUGAUGUGACCUUUCCUGGAGUUGUGCCAAUGCACAAGGUUAAUUUUGAUGCAAAGAACGAAUAUGAUAUGAUACAAAACUACAAGGUCCUGCAAGAUGUGUUCAAUAAGCUGAAAAUUACAAAGCCAUUGGAAAUUAACAGGCUAGUCAGAGGCCGACCCCUGGAUAACUUGGAGUUUCUACAGUGGCUGAAACGUUUCUGUGAUUCCAUUAAUGGUGGCAUUAUGAAUGAGAGCUAUAAUCCAGUGGAAAGAAGAUCAAAAGGUGGUAAAGAGAGGAGUGUAAAGGGAUCUAAUAAGAUGCCCAACAAUAAUCAUCAUCCUCCACCCAAUCCACGGCAGCUCAAGCCAGCAAAAUCAGCUCAAGUACAGGUUUUGUCGAAGGAGCUUGCAGAUCUCAAGAUCUCUUUUGACCUCUUGGAAAGAGAAAGAGACUUUUACUUCUCCAAGCUCAGGGAUGUAGAGUUACUUUGCCAAACUCCUCAAGUAGAGGAUCUUCCUAUAGUGGUAGCAGUGAAGAAGAUACUGUAUGCAACAGAUGCAAAUGAAUCUGCACUAGAAGACGCUCAGGAGUACUUAGACCAAUCCUUAGGUGUGGAAGCUGAAGAUGAAGGUAACGGAGAACAAGAAGAAGAAGAAGAAGAAGAAGAAAAGACACAAUCCUAAGCUCUGACUAUUUAUAAUCCUAAGUAGAAGACAUUUUCGGAUCAGUUCUUUUUCUUUUUCUAGAGUUGUUGAACAAUGGCUUAGACAUGGCCUUCUCUGCAAAAGUUUCCUUUGUUAAAGGGACUUGGCGAAACGUGAAGAUGAAUGAGCUUUUCUAUUAGAGAGCUUUAGUUUGAUAAUAACUGAAACUUUGUUUU